GGUCACAUCACUCAGAAGUGCCCUCUCCAAGGAAACAAUCCGAAGCAGAGUACAAGCAAGCCCACCUUUCAGAAGAUUCGCUCUCUGAACACACAGGAGGAGAAACCCAGUCCCCCCUCCGAACGUUCCAUCGACCACAUUCGUGGGGUGUUCCAAGGUCUUUCCAUACAGGAGAAACAGGAGGUGGUUACCUUGGUGGAAAGGGAGGGUUUUUGA